AUGCCAGCCACCGCUACCAAUCUAGGCUUCCCACGCAUGGGAGAGAACCGUGAGUUGAAGAAAUUAGUGGAGACUUAUUGGGAGGGCAAGCUUGAUGUCCACGAGUUGCUGGCACAGUCCAAGGAGCUGCGCGCCAUCCAUUGGAAGCUCCAGCGUGAUGCCGGCAUCACCCUGAUCCCCAGCAACGACUUCUCCUUCUACGACCAGAUCCUCGACCAUCUCUUGUUGUUUGGUGCCAUCCCACCUCGCUACAAAGUGGUCGUUGACUCGGAGCCAGCCCUCACCGCCAAAGACGACCCAGCCAUCCACGGCCUAAAGACCUACUUUGCCAUGGGCCGCGGCUACCAGACUGCCAAGGCUGCCGCUGAAGCCUCGUCCUCAACCGCCGGUACCGCAUUCGGUUCUGCCCACGUUGAUUGUAACACCAAGAUCGACGUGAGCUCGAUGGAGAUGAAGAAAUGGUUCGACACCAACUAUCACAACAUCGUGCCAGAGUUUGCCCAUGACCAGCAGUUUGCCCUCGCCCCACACCCCAAGCCACUACGCGAGUACCUUGAGGCCAAGCAGUUGGGCAUCGAGACCAGACCCGUCCUGCUCGGUCCACUGACAUUCCUGUUGCUUGGCAAGUCCGGAGACCAUGCCACACCAUACAAGACACGCUUCGACAGCAUUGUCCAUUUGGACAAGUUGCUGCCACUCUACGAGCAGCUCGCCCAGCAGUUGGCCGCGGCCGGUGUCCAACACAUCCAAUUCGAUGAGCCCAUCCUCUGUCUGGACUUGAUCAAGGACAGUGAGGUGCACCGUGAACAGCUGCUCAAGGCUCUUGAGACCUCGUACAACCGUAUCCGCCAAGCAUGCCCAUCUAUCAAGUUGCAGUUGACCACCUACUUUGGUGAACUCCGUGAGAACUUUGCCCUCCUCAAGACCCUGCCCAUCAACUCCCUCCACAUCGACUGCGUUCGUGGUACCCACGACCAAGUCCUCAGCAUUGCCAAGGACCUCCCUGCCACAUGGUCGCUCUCCAUUGGUGUGAUCGAUGGAAGAAACAUCUGGAAGUCCGACUACAAGGCCAAGGUGGCCAUUAUUAAGGAGGUCGUUGCUGUGCUUGGAAAUGACCGUGUCCUCAUUGGACCAUCAUGCUCGUUGCUCCACUCACCACACUCGUUGAAACGUGAGGCCGGAAAGGUCCGCACUGAGGUGCUUGACUGGCUGGCCUUUGCCGUCGAGAAGUUGGACGAGAUCGUGUUCCUCACCGCUGCCACCAACGCGGAGUUUGACCUGGCCAAGGACGCCAACCUCCUCGCUAAAUACGAGGCCAACCAAGCCUCGAUCCAACGCCGUUCAGUCUCGCCACUGAUCCACAACGAUGCCGUCAAGCAACGUGUUGCCAACCUCACCCCAGAUAUGUUCACUCGUUCGACCAAGUACCCACAGCGCCGCAUCGCCCAGCGCGCCCGUCUGACCACCCUGCCCGACCUGUUCCCAACAACGACCAUCGGCUCGUUCCCACAGACUCGUGAGGUUCGUCUGGCACGCAACCAACUCAAGUCUGGCAAGAUGACCCAGAGUGCCUACGACGAGUUCAUCAACGAGGAGACCAAGAAGUGCAUCCAGUUCCAGGAGCAGUGUGGCUUGGACAUCCUUGUGCACGGAGAGUUCGAGCGCACAGACAUGGUCGAGUACUUUGGUGAGCACCUCGACGGCUACGUGUUCACCUCGUUCGGCUGGGUCCAGUCGUACGGCAGUCGUUGCGUCAAGCCACCCAUCAUCUUUGGUGAUGUCUCGCGUCCACACCCCAUGACCGUUGCCUACUCCACCUACGCACAGUCGCUCACCAAGCUGCCAAUGAAGGGCAUGCUCACCGGUCCCGUCACCAUCCUGCAAUGGUCGUUCGUUCGUGAUGACCAGCCCCGCUCACAGACCUGCUUCCAGAUUGGUCUGGCCAUCCGUGAUGAGGUGCUAGACUUGGAGCGCGCAGGCAUUGCCUGCAUCCAGAUUGACGAGGCUGCCGUUCGUGAAGGCCUGCCCCUGCGCAUUGCUGACUGGGACGACUACUUCAGAUGGGCCAUCGACUCGUUCUUGCUUGCUUCGUGUGGCGUGCGUGACGACACUCAGAUCCACUCACACAUGUGCUACAGUGACUUCAACGACAUGUUCACAUCGAUCCAGCGCAUGGAUGCCGACGUGCUUACCAUCGAGAACUCCAAGUCCGACCUGAAGCUGCUACGUGCCUUUGAGCAGUAUGGCUAUGCCAACGAGAUUGGACCAGGCCUGUACGAUAUCCACAGCCCAAGAAUACCAACAGUUGACGAGAUGUCUGAGCGUGUUCAACAGAUGCUCAAGUACAUCCCAUUGGAGUUGAUCUGGGUCAACCCAGACUGUGGACUCAAGACACGUGGAUGGAAUGAGACCAAGGCUGCACUUGCCAACAUGGUCGAGGUUGCCAAGCAGCUGAGGGCCAAGUACCAACAAAAGUAA